UCCGAGUGUGAAACAGAUCGAACACGUGUGAUAAAUAUUUUAUAACCUCAAUCCUCAUCCAUACAUUGUAAUUAUUUAUAUAUAUUGUUUUAAUAUCUAUAUAUUUAAAAAUAUAAAUAUAUAAAAUGAAAGUAAAAGGCAACAAAAAAGAAAAUAAAAAAAUUGAAUUAUCUAUUAAAGAAGAAGAUAAUUUCAUUCAAAACAUUUUUGAUAAAAUGCCUAUACCUUCAUGUAAAUUAGAAACAAACAUAAAAAAAGAAAAUGGACAAAAAAAAUCACAGUCACGAAUAAAGCCUGUAUUUAACUCCGAGGGGCAUAUGAUAUUUUCAAAGUUUGAUUUUUCGGAGAUUGGCACAAAGAAGCAUCCAAAAAAAUCAAUGGGCUCCAAGGACCCGAAAAAACGGCUAGAAGAAUUAAAAAAUAAAAAGUUGAAGCUCAAGCAACUGAAGGCUGAGGGUAAUACAAAGAAAGCUAAAUUAUUGGAGCAGAAGGAGUCAUGGCGAGCUAUUUUGGCUAGAGCUUCUGGUCAGAAGGUAAUGGAUGAUCCUGAGUUGCUCAAACAAUCGAUAAAACGUAAAGAGAAACAAAAAGCCUACAGCGCAAAAAAAUGGGAAGCGAGAUUGAAUAAAGUGCAGAAGGACAAAGAAGACAGGCAGAAAAAGAGACAAGAAAAUAUAUUGAAGCGUAAAAAGGAUAAGAAGACAAAUAAAUUGAAACGGGCUUCAAAGAAGGGACGUAUAAUACCCGGUUAUUAAUUAAUUUGUAAUCUUUAAUAAAUAAUUUGAUAAAAAUA